AUGUCAAUCCACGUUUUACUACGUGGAUGUCCUCACCGAUCGAUAGCUAUCGUCACUCCAAAUCACGCCUUAAUUUUUAGCUAUACUCACUCGAACACCAAGACGUCGGAAAAGGGAUCGUCAAACUCACUGCAAAAUAGAGUGUUAAACUCACCUAGCGGCACUACCUAUCCGCAUUGUGCUGUUGAGCUUACAACCAUUAACUCCAUUGGCCUGAGUGGUUACCAACCACUUAGCCACCUUUCUAUACAUGGAACCUUAGGGUUAAUAACCAUAAAAAAUGACAUAUUUCUGUGUGUAGUGUCAAGCGCUUCCAAGGUGGCUACUGUACGGCCUGGAGAAACAGUGGAGAAAAUUUCUGGUGUCAAUUUUUACUGUUUAAACAAUAGUAAUUUUGACCUUCCAACGAGCGAAAGUUCAAAUCCUCAUGCGUCAGACGAUGGCCCUGCUGGAGUACUUGUCGGACGCGAGCAACCAUCAGAACAUCCAUGCACUGAUCUUCAAAAACUCCUGAGCAACGGAAGUUUCUACUACAGUACAGACUUUGACAUUACAAAUCGCCUUCAGAAUAGAAAUGCUGGUGGAAAAUUAUUUGACGUGGAUAACAUGGAUGAAUCCUUUCUCUGGAACUCUUACAUGAUCAGCCCCCUCAUAAAAUUCCGAUCAAGGCUUCUGACAGAGGAAAAAAAAGCAUUAGAUCGCUCCCGGAUCUUAAUUUCUGCAAUUAGGGGAUUUGCCCUUACUAUAACUAUUCCGUCUAUCUCGGCACCUCUGCGAAAAAUUCAUACGGGAAAACCCUCGUCUUUGACACUCAUAUCUCGACUAUCAUGCAGAAGAGCUGGAACAAGGUUUAACAGUAGAGGUAUUGAUGAUGAUGGAUACGUUGCAAAUUUUGUUGAAUCAGAAACUAUUUAUUGGACUUUGUCGUCCAUGGGAAAUCAAGAUAACUCAGUCAACAGAAAUCCAAAAGGGGUCUGUUUUUCGUAUGUACAAAUCAGAGGAUCAGUACCAAUAUUUUGGGAGCAGGCUGCCGGUAUUAUACCGGGGCAGCAAAAAAUAACAAUUAUACGAUCGCCUGAAGGAAGUCAGCCAGCUUUUGAGAAACAUUUUAGUGAACUAGAGCAUAUAUAUGGCUCAAUUCAUAUCAUUAAUUUGUUGAGUGAGACAAAAGUAGGUGAAGUUGACCUAACAUCUUCUUAUCGGAAAGCUGUAUGCAGAGCACAAAGUAAGCGACAGAUAAAAAAAAGCACGCAAGAUCAUCAAGGUCUGAAAGUAACUGAGUAUGACUUUCAUGCCGAGACGAAAGGACCUAGUGGAUAUCAAGCUGCGAGCUUAAUCAGAAAGCUUAUAGAGACAUCCGCAAGAAUUUUUGAAUAUUUCCAUUCCGAGAAUGCUCCUUAUCUAAAUGAUGAAAUGCAAGUUAAUCCCGAUAGCAGCAUUGUCAUCAAGUCGCAACAGCGAGGGGUUUUUAGAACCAAUUGUCUUGAUUGUCUGGAUAGGACCAAUUUAAUACAGACAAUUAUAUCCCAAAUGGCAAUCGAAAACUUUCUCUCAUGUCAAAUCGAUCAAGCCUGCGCAAAAUUUUGGAUGCUUCAUUCUGGCCUUUGGGCUGAUAAUGGUGAUGCAUUGUCGUGUAUUUAUGCUGGAACAGGUGCCCUUAAGUCCUCAUUUACCAGGCACGGUAAGAUGUCUUUUGCUGGUGCAAUUGCAGAUGCAAGAAAGAGUGCUACACGAUUGUAUAUCAAUAAUUUUACCGACAAAAGCCGACAAAAUACCAUAGAUGAAUUACUAGGACGACUGGUAGGGCAAAAGGUGGUUCAUCUCUUUGAUCCCAUUAAUGAAUCUGUCAUUACUGAACUAGCCAAUAAAAAAUCAUCGUAUCAAAAAAUAGAUACUGUAAAAAUAUGGUGCGGAACCUUCAACUUGAAUGGUAAAUCUUCGGGCAGUGAUGAAGAUCUUUCCUCAUGGCUCUGUCCAGGUUUAGAUCCUGCUCAACAAACACCCGAUAUCGUAGCUGCAGGCUUUCAAGAAAUGGUCGAACUCAGUCCUCAGCAGAUUAUGAAUAGUGACCCAACUCGAAAAGAAGCAUGGGAGAGAGCUGUACAAAAAACAUUAAAUGAACAAGCACAAAGAAAUGGGGAUGAUCUUUAUUUGCUCCUUCGUAGCGGCCAGCUUGUUGGUGCAGCGCUCAUGAUAUUUGUCAAAAAGUCCGUCCUUGAAAAUAUUCGAAACGUUGAAGGAAGUGUGAAAAAGACUGGAAUGUCAGGUAUGGCAGGAAAUAAAGGGGCGGUAGCAAUUCGGAUGGACUAUGCAAACACAUCACUAUGUUUUGUCACGGCCCAUUUUGCUGCUGGCUUAGAAAACUACAGUGACAGAAAUAACGACUUCAAUACCAUCAAUUAUGGGUUAAGAUUCCUAAGAAAUAGAAGCAUCGAUGAUCAUGAUACUAUUGUAUGGAUGGGCGACUUUAACUAUCGAAUCGAGCUCGGGCUUGAAAAAGUAAGGCAAUUGAUAAAGGCUGGGGACCUUGAUGCCCUCUAUGAAAAAGAUCAAUUAAACGUACAGAUGAUUGCUGGACUUACUUUCCCCUUCUAUUCUGAAUCUAGGAUAACUUUUAUGCCUACUUACAAGUUUGACCUUGGUCAGGAUGUGUAUGAUACCUCCGAAAAAGCUCGCAUUCCUGCCUGGACAGAUCGAAUACUCAGAAAGGGUUUAAAUAUUCGACAGGUAAAUUAUAAUACAUCGCCCCUUCGAUUCUCAGAUCAUCGUCCAGUAUAUGCAACAUUCCUUUGCACAGUUAAUAUUGUUGACGAAGCCCGUCGGGAGGCUCUCAGCCGUGAUAUAUACGAGAAACAAAGGACGCAAGCAGGUAUGACUUUGGUUAAUAUCCAAGGAAAUGAAGAUGAUAAUAGACCCCUCAAUGAAGAUGGUUCUCCUGGAAUCAAGUUACCGCCUGCUAGCUCAGACGUAAGAAAAUGGUGGUUGGAUAUGAAUCAACCUAUUCGCUCACAAAUUGCACCUCCUAGUGUCGGAAUGGCCCCAAACCCCAAUAGACCAUCGAACCCGUAUAGUUAUACAGAUGAGCAGGACUGGGUAUCUAUUUCGGGAGCUGCAAAUAUUCAUGCUUUGGACUCUAUUCCUGUGUCACCGCUUUACCGAACCACAACCCUACCCUUAACCCCUGAUGAUCAAACCUGCAAUCUGCUUCAGACAAAAAAAUGUCUUUCGCCCCAAUCAUCUCACAGACAAAUCUUAUCGCCAAACUUACCUAAGGAAUCAGCAAAACUUGAAAUGAGACCCAAGCCCUUGAUACAACACUCAUCUUCAGAUUAUCUUGUCUCAAACUCAACUACCGAACAUGACUCUGCGCAAAAAUACAGAACUCCUCCACCAAUUGCACGAAAACCUAUUCAUCUGACAAGUCAACAAAAGCAAGCUAAUUCAGCUCCAAUAAAAUCGGCAUCGACAGAUUUUUCAAAAUCUUUAUCCUGCGGCGCAAAUAAAAAUUUGAGCUCAAGCGAUAAAGUAGCAAGUGGAGAUCUGCUCCGUGAAGACCGAGAGAGAUUUCUACCGCAAAUUUCAGUAAGAAAUACUCCUGUAACUCCUGUUAAUAGUAAUAAAAUCGAAAGAAUCAAAUCCCAUCAUCACGUACCUGAAAAGAAGGUAGUAGUAGAUAUCUUAGGAAAUGAUGACGAGAUGAGCGUUGGGGGUUGGAAGGCUCUUGUUCCGCAAUAG